AAUCAUUAUAAAAUAUCAAACAUUACACAUAUUUACUACCAAGAAUAUUUUUUGUUUUGCCAAAUUAUCUCAACAAAUAUGUCAAGUUCUAAAAAUGGUGUACAUAUCUUAAUUUUACCAUAUCCAGCACAAGGUCACAUACUUGCCCUUCUUGAUUUAACUCAUCAACUUCUUCUCCAUGGCUUUAAAAUUACUGUUUUGGUGACACCUAAAAAUGUCCCGAUUCUCGAUCCUCUUAUUUCUACACACUCAUCGGUUGAAAUUCUUGUUUUUCCGUUUCCGGGCCACCCAUCUCUUCCUUCCGGAGUUGAAAACAUUAAGGAUGUUGGAAACUCCGGCAAUGCCCCAAUUAUUGCUGGGCUUAGUAAGCUUCGCGGCCCAAUAGUAGAAUGGUUUAAGGCCCAAUCAAAUCCUCCCGUGGCGAUUAUUUAUGAUUUCUUUUUGGGCUGGACUUUAGAUUUGGCCCAAGAAAUUGGUGUACCCGGAAUUGUAUUUUAUGGUGUUGGAGCUUUAUUGAUUUCUAUAUUUUUUGAUGUUUGGAAGAAUAUUGAGGCUUAUAAAGGUUUGGGCUUUGUUGAGUUUAAUGGGCUUCCUAAAAGCCCAAGAUUUGUAAAGGAACAUCUUCCUUCAGUGUUUUUGAAGUUUAAAGAAGAUGAUCCAACUUGGGAGAUUGUUAGAAAUGGGUUCAUUGCAAAUGGCAAGAGUUGUGGGUCAAUUUUCAAUACUUUUGAGACUUUGGAUAGUGAGUAUUUGGGCUUUUUGAAGAAGCAAAUGGGCCAUGAACGUGUGUAUUCGAUUGGACCGAUAAAUUUAGUUGGUGGGCCGGGUAGAAAUGGGAAGUGUGAUGAUAAUGCAAAUGAGAAAAUUUUCACUUGGCUUAAUGAGUGUCCUAAUGAGUCUGUUCUUUAUGUAGCUUUUGGAAGUCAAAAGUUAUUAACAAAGGCCCAAAUGGAGGCUUUAACUAUUGGGCUUGAGAAAAGUGAAGUUAGGUUCAUAUUGGUAGCGAAACAAUUGUCGGCCCAACAAGAGGAACAAGGUUUCGGAUCGGUGCCACUAGGGUUUGAGGAGAGAGUAUUAGGGAGAGGACUAGUAAUAAAGGGUUGGGCCCCACAAGUGGAGAUAUUGGGCCAUCGAGCCGUUGGUGGAUUUUUGAGUCACUGUGGAUGGAAUUCAGUGAUGGAAGCGAUAGUGGCGGGAGUAAUAAUCUUAGGAUGGCCCAUGGAGGCCGACCAAUUCAUAAAUACGUGGUUAUUGGUGGACAAUACGAAGACAUCGUUCCGAGUUUGUGAGGGCUCAGACUCAGUGCCCGACCCGAUAGAGCUGGGUCGGAAAAUUAAUGAGGCAAUGAAUAAUGAUUUGUUUAAGAAGAGGGCCAAAGAAUUGAAAGAUGAAGCUUAUGAAGCUGUUAAAAUUGGAGGGAGCUCUAAAAGAGAUUUAGAUGCCAUUGUAACAGAGUUGGCCCAACUAAAAAGUUGAAAAUUCAUGCAAAUGGGCCAAAUAAUUUUAAGUUGGGCCAACUUUUGAUGAAUUUGGUUGGGCCUAGAUGAACUUUGAUAUGUAUUCUUUCUUCAAACUUUAAUAUAAAUAUAAGGGAAAAUUAGCAAACUA